AUGGGAUGCUGCUGUCCUGGAUGUCUCUUGUCUCCGGUGCCCAAACCAAAAGAAGGAGAUCUAAUUGAGAUUUUUAUCAUUGGCUUUCAACACUGGGCUGUCUAUGUGGGAUGUGGCUACGUGGUCCAUAUGGUUCCUAUAGGUAAGGUUGCAGGAGCUCGGAUAUCCAGUGUUGUGUCUCCCUUGGCUGAGAGAGCCAUAGUGAAGAUGGAACUGCUGUCCAAGGUGGCUGGGAUGUACGAGUACCGGGUCAAUAACAAGCAUGACGACAAGUACGAGCCACUGCCUCCCAACAUGAUUGUCCAGCGGGCCAUGGAGAAGGUGGGCAAGGAGGUGCCCUACUCCCUGACCCAAGACAACUGCGAGCAUUUCGUGAACGAACUGCGCUAUGGGAUCCCCCGCAGUGACCAGGUCCAGAAAGCAGCCCAAAGCAUGGGUAUCUCGGGAGUACUCGUGGGUUUCCUGUUCAUGGUUUUUGCAGGGACGAGAAGUCUGUCUGAGAAUCACUAA